AUGCUGACAAUACAAAGUGUAGGUGCUACCACUAAACUUAGCCAACAUGAGAUUUUACCAGCUAAAACGGAUGUUGGUGCCUUAGCAAACAGAAUAAAUGCUAAUACAAAGGAAUGCCACGACAAAGUUAAUAAGCAGAUGGCUUUGAAAUUAGCCAUCGCAUUGAGAGAUCCAAAAAUUUAUCGUCAAGGCGUUCAAAGUUUUUAUCACGUUUUCUCAACCAUUGAAAGGUGUUUGAAUGAUCAAGUGAACGCUAAUAAUGAAUGGUCCCUGAUUUUGAAACAAAUAUGGAAGCCUGAAGUAGCCAGAACGGAAAAGUGUGAAACAGACUUGUUGUUCUAUUAUGAUGACGACAGGAAAAAAUUUAUGAACCCCGUCAUGCCAGAACAAAUCAAAUUUGUAAACCAUAUCGAGACUGUUACGAAAGAAAAACCUUAUCUUUUGUUAGCAUAUAUGCAUGUCAUGUACUUGGCGUUAUUUGCUGGUGGUAAAGUUUUGAGGUCUUCUGUCUCCAAAGCCACUGGAUUGUUCCCGCACAAGGAUGGAUUAAAACACGAAGAUGUAAUAAAGUUGGGUGCUAAUAUGUUUAUUUUCGAUGUGGCUGAUGAGUCUUUGUUGAGAAUGAUAUACAAGAGAGAUUAUGAACUUUUGACUAGAAAUAAUCUCACGGAAGCUCAGAAGUUAGACAUCAUCGAAGAGUCAAAGUACAUAUUUGCGCAGAAUUCGAGAUGUAUCUCUGAAAUUGAAAAACACAAUUUGGUUAAAAUAACCAAAAAGUGGUCCUACAUCAUUGCCACUAGGGGGUACUACAUUGCAAUAUUCUCUUUGAUCUUAGCUUUGCUUUAUUUCGUUAGACGGAUAUUUUUGCAUUUAUUUUAG